AUGUCGUUUGGGCCGAAUGGGACGUCGAAAUCUGUGGGGAUUAAAAUGUCCACUUGGACGCCACAGUCGAACGGGGAAGCUAAGGAGCAGAUGUUUCAUGAAAGAAGGGACUUAGUCACCAAGUGGUGGAGCAAAUGGAACGGCCAGCAAAGGGCGGAAGUUAUGGGAAAUCUAUUAGGAGUCUGUACAAACAAGCAGAUUCGUCUCCUUCAAGACAAGCUUGACGAGCGUUUUCCGACGGACAGAAUUGAUUUCUCUCGGCAGCUGCCUCGCAAGAUAUCGCUGCACAUCUUGAAGUUCCUUGAUCCGAGGUCGCUUUCGCGAUGUGCUCAGGUUUCGUGGUACUGGAAGUUUCUGAGUGAGUCGGAUGAACUUUGGAGGCCAAAAUGCUUGCGCUUCGGCUGGUACCCGCCCUACAAGCCAAGCCAGUUCGAGCACGGCGCUUGGAAGCAUUUCUACAUUUUGAAAGUAACUGAACAAGCAGUUAAGCCAGUUCCAAGAGAGAUCAUCCCCGAUCCGGUCAAAUCUGCGAGAGAGACAAAGAAACCCAAGAAGCAAAAGCCCCCAGCAAAGGUCUGGGAGCCUCCACCAUGGCGCUCAAAUGCACCUCAUCCGACUGAAAUUCACCGUAACAAUGUGUUGGACAACUCGAAUUUCAAAAAGACCGGUACCAAGACGCAAAAGAAAUCUGUGACCAUAAGCCGGCCGAAUACUGCGACGGGAAGUCGAUACACGAGGCCACAAUCGGCCGCGCCCAGGUCUCGUUCUCAAUCAAGAUCUAUUCAAGUCAAGCCGCCUACCGAUACAGCUGCUUACGAAAUGAACUCGGCGACGAUCAAUCAGUUCGCGAUGGCGCUGAAUUCUUCCCGAAGCAUUCGAGACGCGCCACUUACGCCGCAUCAGUUGAGCUUGACGAAUCAGAUCAAAACCGGCAUGGGAGCACCAGGAUAUGGAAACAAAUCCAUGCCUACACUAGACUUUUCAACACUCAACGUCGGAGCCAGCACCGACUUCGAGAUGGCCAACGAUGUCAAAAGUCUCCAGGGCAACACCUGGGAACACGCAACUUAG